AUGAACACAAAGACAUCAAAAACAGCGUCAGUUACUGGCUGUAUGUCUGCUCAACCUGCAGUUGUUGCAACACAAAAGCAAAUUUUAGUAAAGACUGCUUCUUUGACUGCAGGUAAGCUUACAGAAUCUGAGCCAAUACGUCAUGAUAAUGAUCCUUCUUGGUACUGCCCAGCUUGUCAAGAAGAUCGAGUUGAUGAUAUGCGACAAUGUCUUACUUGUGGCGUUUGGUAUCAUGAGCUGUGUGUUGGACUCACACCCGCUGAUAAAAUAUUUUACUGCUCAGGAGAUUGUUUGAAAAAAAAAUAA